GAGCAGCGCGGCGUUGCAUGCCCUCUACACAUUCACACAGCGGCAACGUCGCGCAACAGCGCACCGCCCCCCGCUAGCUCGCAAUGACGCAUGCGUAGAGAAUGUCGACACCGGCGAGCAGUUGAACGAUAGCGCAUACGAGUGACGCACGCCGUUUCUCAACAAUGACAGACGACAAAGAGAAGACGCUGGAGCUGAUAGAAGAUUACAGAAAACACGAGGUGCUCUGGGACACCAAGAACAGAUUCUACUCGAACCAGACUAAGAGGAACACUGCGCUGAUAGCGAUCGGCAAAAAACACAAACUCGACAUAAAGAGCGUAAGGAAUAAAAUAAAGAGUUUGCGAUCGUACUUCGCCAAGGAGUAUCGCAAAGUAUUGACAACGGAGGACUAUCAGUCGACGUGGUUUGCGUACAAACCUAUAUCUUUUAUUCGGGACUCGAUGACACCAAAAGAACAAAACGUCGUUAACGCGUUAGAGGAAAUCGCUCAUUUCGACUGCACCGAUUUGCAAGAAGAAAACCCAGACGCUCAAGCGUAUGAUAUGCAGCACGAAUACCUAUAUCCAGCACAGAUUAAAAAUAUGAAAGCCAGCGAUGCGUAUAGAGAAGAAGAAAGAACGACAGUAGAUGACAGAGACGAGAGCGGGGUGUUCGGCCAACUUGUCACAUACAAGCUAAGGAGGCUCAACCCUCGGAAUAAACUACUAGCUCAACGGCAAAUAAACAAUAUUCUGUACGAGUUGGAGCUCUCAGAAUUGGACACCUCCACGUCAAGUCCGAAGAAAUCCAGGAAUGCCCCAGGAAAAGUACCACCGGUUACUCCAAAUUCGGGUUACUCUUCUAAUGAUGAGUAAAUAAACUGAUUGUUGAAAUACUAGUACAGUCGCCUAAGUUCCUUAAAUGUUGUUAUGUAAAUAAUAAUGUUUACGUAGAGAAUUAAGAUUUUUGAAAAGAAAGACUGAAUAUGCAGAGCAGCGGAAGGCAACAGGCGG